GCUCACCAAGCCUCACUGUGCUCCUCUGCAGGUCACUGGAUGGGCGGCUGCAGGUGUCCCACAGGAAGGGGCUGCCCCACGUCAUCUACUGCCGCCUGUGGCGCUGGCCCGACCUGCACAGCCACCACGAGCUGCGCGCCAUGGAGAUGUGCGAGUUCGCCUUCAACAUGAAGAAGGACGAAGUCUGUGUCAACCCCUACCACUACCAGAGAGUGGAGACCCCAGUGCUGCCUCCGGUGCUGGUGCCUCGGCACACGGAGAUUCCAGCCGAAUUCCCACCCCUGGAUGACUACAGCCACUCCAUCCCAGAGAACACUAACUUCCCUGCAGGUAUCGAGCCCCAGAGCAACUACAUUCCAGGUACCUUGUGUCUUCCAUACAGGGAGCAGAGGGAAGGGUCAGAGAACACUGGCAAUCCUAACUGGGAAUCCCAGACUUUCUGGGAAUCUUCCUUUCCAUCGUUCUUCUGAAGCUACAGAGUGUAGAAAUAGCUGGAAAUUGUAAAUGUGGGCGCUCAGCAGGGCUGUUUGUGGCUUUGUUUUGUUGGUUUGAAACUCACCUCUUCAUUCAGUGGUACAGCCUCAGUUUAUUGUGAAAUCUAAACUGGAUGUUCCCUUACCAGGUUGAGAUUUGAAUGAAAUUCAGCCAUUUUGUGUAAAACUCUCCAAAUUUCUGAUGGAAUUGAGCUCUUCUAUUUAUGUAUCUCUUUAACAAGCAAUUUACACCUUAUUUGCAUGGACAAGUUAUGCAGCUGCACUCCAGGAGAGGAGAAAUAUGUGGACAGAAAACUCCCUCCAUGGCUUA